AUGCAGAAGCAAUAUGACAAAGACAGGCUGUUAAGUUUGCCUAAAAUAUUGAAAGAUUUUUAUAAGGAAGAACCACACAUUAAGAAUAUGUCUCAUGAAGAAGUCAGACAAAUACGCAAGGAAAACAACAACAUCAUUGUGGAUGCCCCAGAUGGAGAAUCAGACUGUGUUCCAAAUCCUAUCAGGACAUUUGAAGACGCUUUCAGACACUAUCCUCUCAUUCUUGAACAAAUCAAACAGCAAAACUUUGUAAAGCCAUCUCCUAUUCAGUGUCAGUCCUGGCCUGUGCUUCUUCAAGGAAAAGACCUCAUCGGCAUUGCACAGACUGGCACAGGAAAGACACUGGCCUUUUUGCUGCCAGCACUAAUUCAUAUAGAUAGCCAACCGAUACCUCGAGAACAAAGGGUUGGACCAUCAGCUCUCAUACUGUCACCAACAAGAGAACUCGCACAACAGAUUGAAAUGGAGAUUAAUAAAAUCAAUUACAGAGGUAUUCGCAGUAUAUGUGUUUACGGCGGAGGGAAUCGAAGAGAACAACUAGAGAAAGUCAAGAAAGGUGUUGAAAUUGUAGUGGCGACUCCAGGACGAUUAAAUGAUUUCAUGAUGAAUGGAAAGAUUAAUGUCAAGCAUGUCACUUAUCUGGUCAUGGAUGAAGCUGACAGAAUGCUGGAUCUGGGCUUUGAGCUGGAGAUCAAGAAAGUCAUGCUAGACAUCAGGCCAGACAGACAGACAGUGAUGACAAGUGCUACCUGGCCACCAGAAGUCCAGAAGCUGGCAGAACAGUAUAUGACAAAACCAUACAAAGUCUUUGUGGGCACCUUGGACCUUGCUGCUGUUCAUAGUGUCACUCAAUACGUGGAAUUUGUAGAUGAGAAAGAAAAGAAAAGCAUGCUUCUGGAUUUCAUCUCAAAUAUGACAGAAGAUGAUAAGCUGAUUGUCUUUGUUGGAAAAAAGAUGGUUGCUGAUGAUGUGUCCAGUGAUUUGGCAAUGAAUGAUGUCCAGUGUCAAUGUAUCCAUGGAGACAGAGAACAGUGUGAUCGAGAAACAGCACUAGAAGAGUUUAAAAGUGGUGCUGUUCGAAUCUUGGUUGCUACAGAUGUUGCUUCUCGUGGUCUGGAUGUUAAAGAUAUUACACAUGUGCUCAACUAUGAUUUUCCAAAUCAUAUAGAAGAAUAUGUGCAUAGAAUUGGCAGAACUGGUCGUGCAGGCCGCUCAGGGACAUCACUGACAUUCAUGACCCGCAAUGAUUGGAAGAAUGCCCAGCAGCUUAUUGACAUCAUGAGUGAGGCCAAUCAGAUUAUUCCGGAUGAACUGGUAGCAAUGGCAGAAAGAUUCUCAUCUUUUAAACAACGGAAUGGUGACGAGAGAAAAUCAUCAGGUUUUGGUGGGCGUGGUAGAGGUGGUGGUGGUGGUCGGGGCAGGAGAAGAAAUGAUGAUGACAUAGGAAAUUUCUGGAUUUAG